AUGGGUAGGACGGUGGCCAAAUCUGCACGGGGAAGAUCUCUGACCCCAAGGGGGAAGAAAUCGACUGGGGGGGAUAACGAGGAGGUAGGAGAGAAGACUGUGAUCAGCCGGUCAGAGUCUCUCUACUUCUCGGACGGCGAAUCGGACGGUGACUCGGAUGGGUCAAUCUGGCUCCCGGACGUAAUGACGACUGGGAAGGAGCGGGGCCAAGCCUCAAAGAGGAAGGCAUCAGAGGACGUGGAGGAGGCCGAAAGGGCUUCCAACAAGGUUUCCUCAGCCACGAGAGGCCGGGCUGCUCAUCGGGGCUCCUACGCUGGCACGGCCGAGACCAAAGAGAGGCUCCGGGACCUGUCUGCGGACUAUGCCCAAUUCGAGCGCGAGCUCGAGAAGGCUGGUACCAGCAGGUACCUGAAGGCCAGCGAGAAGAGCGGGAAGAGGUGCCUCGUUGAUGAGCACCUGGAGGUGGUGAGGGCGGCUGCCCAGAAGGUUUUGGCGGAGGCCGGAAAGUCCGGCAACCUAAAGGGGACGGCAUGGCGGGCCAUGAACGAGGCCUGCCAUGACAUAAUUGUGGCGGCUGGGAAAAUCGAGGCUCAGUGCGAGGAGUCGGAAGCUGUCCGCAUACUCAGGGCGGACAACAAGAGGAUGCGGGAGCAGCUUUCGCUCCUCGAGCAGGAGACCAAGGCCCUGCGCACGGCCUUUGCCGAGCGCACGGCAUCGGCGCUGAAUGAGGCCCAACCAGCGGUGGGUGCCCCCUCGCUGGAGGACAUUAGGGGACUCCUCUCUGAAUGGAAGGAGUCCUUUGAAAGGAACAUGUUCCUCAAGCUGGGGGGCAUGGUUAAUGACCGCCUCAAGGAAGCGGAGAAAAGGGGCUUUUUGGCCCCUGAGCCGAUUGUCCGGCCGCCUCUGGCGGCCGAUAAGAGGAAGGAGGCCGAACCGACGGCCCCAAAAGCUGGGAGGAGCUAUGCUGGUGCAGUUGCGGGGGCUACCCUGAUGCCCCCAGCACGACCUGGGCCUGCACCCAAGGCUACACCAGCCAAAAAGCAGCCCCAACAAGUGACGGUGCAGGCCCAGACACCUACUGGGCAACCUGUCGAAGUACCUCCGCCUCAGGAAGGUGAACAGGGGUGGGCUGAGGUGGUCAGAAGGGGGAAAAAGAAGGGGAACAAAGCCUCCCCUCCUGCCCAGCCUGAGCCUACCCUAGCGAAGGCCCCCAAGGCGAGCGCACAGCCGCCUAAAAUAGUCAAAUUUGCUGCACCCAAGACUUCGGCGGUGGUGGUGACCCUCAAGCCGGAAUCUAAACUAGAUUACCGCACGGUGAUAUCGAGGGCCACCACCAUUGACCUGUCGUCAAUUGGGGUGGAUCAUGUGGCGGCUGUCCGUGGCACGGCAACGGGGGCCCGCAUUAUUGAAAUACCCGGGGCUAACAGUGGGGCUGCGGCGGACAGCCUCGCAGAGAAGCUCCGGGAGGUCAUAGGGACUGAGGCGGAGGUCACAAGACCGUUCAAGGCGGCCCAAAUAAGGGUCUCUGGAUUCGACGAGGGAGUAACGCCAGAGGCCCUUAAAGAGGCCACAGCGAGGGCAGGAAAAUGUCCACCGGGACAAAUUAAAGUGGGCAACAUCCGCAUAUCACCAGAUAUGACAGCGGCGGUGAUUAUCACUUGCCCCGUGGCGGCUGCCAACGCCCUAAUCGACGAGGGGCGUCUUCUCGUUGGUUGGACAGCCGCCAAGGUCAGAGGACUGGAGGCCUUGCCCAUGCGGUGCUUCCGGUGCAUGGGUAUAGGCCACACCAGAGCCCUCUGCCCGUCCCCGGUGGACAGGUCAGAGUUGUGCCAUCGCUGUGGCAAAGCAGGGCAUAUUUCCUCUGCGUGCGAGGCCAGUGAACCCUGGUGCGCGGUGUGCUAUGCGCACAAGUUGGCCGCCAAACACAUUAUGGGCGGCCCCUCGUGCAAUCCCCCGCGCACACGGGGCAAACUGGCCCCAAAUAAGGGAACCCCUGAGGGCACCACCAUGGAGCACUAA